GCGCUAUCAUCUUCAGGAGGGCGUAAUGGGUGGUGCGUAUUUCCGGAUCCGGUCACAGUUUGUUGUUUUGUAGUGAAGGGAUUUAGACUGAAACUCAAAUUCAGGACCGGGAUCAGGAUCAGACACGUACCGGCACCGGCGUUUUCUCUAGUUAUGUACCGAGCUCCAAUAAGACCACAGCGGAGCCCCGGAGGUCCACCUACGCCUGGAAGGUUUCCGCCACCGAGUUCCAGCUGGUCUCCCGGAGUUCCUUUCCCAUACAGAGGCUCUGGGAAUAGAGGCCAGUCACCGGUCUACUCCCCGCGAUCCAACCAAAGAUCCUGGGAUGGAUCUCCGGCCCGAUUCAGCGGAUCCCGAGGAUUCGGUGUGUCGCCGCGAUACCGAUGGGGUGGUUUCAGAGGGCCUCGGUCCUUCAGUCCCGGUUCAUCUCCAAAGUUUCAGGUGCAGUCUUCAGAUCCUUCCAUAGAAAAAUACUUCAGUCCAUCGAUGUUGAAGGAUCCGUGGGCAGAGCUUCAGCCAGUCAGACCCACAGAUAUCACAAGGGAAACAGCACACCAUGUGACAAGAAAUGAUUUAAAGACAACACCAACAACUUCAUGUCCAGGUGUCAGCUCUACAAAUAGUAACUUCUGACCUAUGUAAGUUUGAAGGUCAAAGGAGCAACAGGGAUCUGGACAUCUGUGAGCUUGCUCGGAUAUGUGGAUCUCCGCAACAACCAUAUGGGCUCAAAUCCUGAGUUUCAGCCGUAGAUAGAGAACAAAUGCCUCAUCUGUCGCCCCCAGUGGUUCUACAUAAAAAGAGCAGGAGAAACGGAUGUAAAUUUGUGUCCAAAACCUCUUCUGGUUCAUUUGAGGGGAGGUUCCCAGGUUGGUGUGUUUGUUCAACCUACAACAACCCACUACUACUGCCCUAAAAUUUGUGAUCGUGAUUUAAAAAAAACAGAUUGCUCACUUUAUGAUGAUUGUCUCUUUAACACAUAAGCUCCGCCCCUUUACGUUUAUGCUUCAGAUCACACAGGAGCAGUGACUUCGGUUGUGGAGUUUUUUAGAAACAUUUUAAUUAAAUGUUUUUAGCAUUUUUUAAAUGUCUCAUUUAAUAAAGAUUUUAAACGAAA